GAGAGAGAGAGAAAGAGGAAGAUUAAACAGAGUAUCGCUGGACUGGAGUUCACGCGCAAACUUUUUCGGUCCGGGGAAAGGGCACGCGCGCGCUCGCGUUCAUGGACAGGUGAGAGCUCCUCGCGCCGUGCAGCUUUCCCCGCGCGAACCAUGAGGAGGCUCCCGCUCGUGGGGCUGCUCACCCUGAGCGCGUGCCUGCAGCUCGCCUGCGCGCGCAGUGACGCACCUGGCACAGUGUUUGACUGUUGUGAGGGUGAUCUUUUGAUCCUGCUGGACUCCUCCGGAAGCAUCUCCUUGUACGAGUUUUCCCGCCUGCUGCGUUUCCUAUCCAACUUGCUCCGCCCCUUUCUGCUGGGGCAUGGCCAGGUGAGGGUGGGGCUUCUACAGGUGGGCACAGAGCCGCAGCUGGAAUUCAAUUUCGACACCUACAACUCCCAGGAUGCACUGCAGGAUGCGAUAUUAAGGACUCAGCAGCUCCGGGGCGAUACUAACACUGAAGCUGCGCUGCUAUUGGCCCAGAGAAUACUAAACUGCCCACGAGGGGGCGACGCCCCACCCAGGGUUCUGCUGUGGCUGACCGAUGGGGUGGAGCCAGGGAAUGUGCACGAGCCAAUGGCAGCAAUUCGUCAGAAUUGUGCUUCCGUGCUGGCAGUUUCUACUGGUCAUGCUAACUACCAGGUUUUUCAUGAUGCCGUGACUCCGCCCAUUGAGAAGCAUCUGCACUUUAUAGACAUCGAUGACAUCGAAAUCAUCACUGAAGAUCUGAGGGAAGCGAUUAUCGAUCUGAUCCGGGCGGAGCGUCUGCAGGUGAGGGAUGUCAGUACCCACAGUGCCGUGCUGCAGUGGCGGCCGGUUCUGAUUGGUGGAUUUGGUUACUAUGAGCUGCGUUACGGUUCCGGCGUGGAGGAGAGGAGGAUGGCGCUGCCGGCUGAUAAAAGCUGGACUGAGCUCACCGGCCUUCAGCCUGACACUCAUUACACAGCCUGGCUCACACCACACACACCUGCGGGGCACAAACACACACUCAGCACCAGCUUCAGGACUCUACCAGAAGUGUUGAGUCCAGUCUCAGUGAGCGUCUCGGAGUCCGGGGUGGACCGGGUGCGGGUCAGCUGGGCUCCCCUGCAGCCGGACAGUGUUCGUCGCUAUCUGGUGGAGUUCGGGUCGAUUCCCAGCGGGGGGGUGAGAACAUUGACCCUGACGGGGCAAGUGAACAGCGCACUGCUGACCCAGUUAGAGCCUCACACAGAGUAUCUGAUCACAGUGACCGCAGUGCACUCCUCCGGCCAGCAGAGGGCCCUGUCUGUCAGAGCCUGCACUCAGGAAGUUCUGCCCGGCCUGGUGGACCUCCAGUUGACCCCUGUGGGGUCCGACUCAGUUAAGGUGGACUGGAGGGGUCACACUGAAGCGGCCGGACUGAGGGGGUACUGGGUGAGGUGGGAGACCAGACAACACUUUCCAUCAUCAUCUUCAUCAUCUUCCUCACGUUACCUGCCCGCACAGUCGCUUUCCACUGUUCUCACACACCUCACCCCCAGCACUCGAGUGUGUGUGUCGCCGGUGUACCAGACGGCGCAGGGGGAGGGGCUGUGCUGCACUGCACACUCACAAACAGCUGCUGCUCCGUGGGGUUAGAGAUGCUUCCGGAAAGAGGAAGAAGAGGAAGAAGAGGAGGAGAGGAAGAAGAGGAAGAGAGGAAGAGCGUCGCUGGAGAAUCCGGAACCUUCUCACUCUUCUCAACUCUUCCUAAAGACUCUCACUAUCAGCGCUCCACUCAACUUCAUACAGACUUUAAAUGUGCUGUGUUGGAUUAAAGGAGUGCAUCAGUGUUCGUCACUCUGAUCUCAGAUCUGUAUCUGCUGUAUCUGUAGAGUACAGUCGAUUAUCACAGACCAUCAUUUUAACACAAUUUACUGAACUCAGAAAUGAACAGAAACAUACAGGACCCUGUUAUAUUAAUCUAUAGCUCAGCCGUCAAAACUGUCCACCGUGCAGCUUGAUUUAGGGCGUGUGAGUGUGUCUUUGCUAUCGUAACGACAGGAAAAGUACACCUUGCAUGGUUGCAUUCCAUUGUUUUUAUUCAUUUUAAAAUAUCUAGUUGUGGUCUAGUUGGUCUCUCAUAUGAAUGAAUGCCAUGUGAGCUGUUGUUUGUGAAAAAAAAAUAUCAGAUGUUUCUAUUUAGCCCUGCUUUAGAUUAAUUAAUUAGUGGCCUCUGAAGAAAAGCAGGAUUUCGGCUCUUGCUCAUGAAUAUUCAUAAAUGCAAACAUAUCGCCUCUGAUUGGCUAAGAGAACGCCUACCUGCCUUGCCUUCCCCCCACAGUCAAUUUUAGAGCUCUAAAACUCAAAAUGUUUUUUUCCCCUGCUGGGUGGGAUGCAUUCAGGAGCAUCAUGGCUCCCAUCAAAACUCAUUUCACCUCUGACUACUCUUAAGUAUAUCUAUGUCUGGUAAAGGUAAAAAACAAUAAAAGGCUUUAAUAGAG